AUGGCAGUGACACCCAAAAUCGCUCCUUCAAUGCUCUCAUCGGACUUCGCUAAUUUGGCUUCCGAAGCUCAUCGUAUGAUCAAUUACGGCGCUGAUUGGCUUCAUAUGGACAUCAUGGAUGGGCACUUUGUCCCCAAUUUAACCAUGGGUGCUCCAAUUAUUGAAAGUUUGAGAAAGCACACAAAGGCAUAUUUGGAUUGUCAUCUGAUGGUUACAAAUCCUAUUGAUUAUGUUGAACCUUUGGGAAAAGCUGGUGCUUCUGGGUUUACAUUUCAUGUAGAGACAUCAAAAGACAACUGGAAAGAACUUAUCCAAAGUAUUAAGUCCCAGGGCAUGAAGCCUGGUGUAGCGAUAAAGCCUGGGACGUCGGUUGAAGAGGUUUAUCCUCUGGUUGAAUCUGAAAAUCCUGUGGAAAUGGUUCUUGUCAUGACUGUAGAACCUGGAUUUGGAGGACAAAAAUUCAUGCCAGAGAUGAUGGAAAAGGUUCGAAUACUGAGGAAGAAGUAUCCAUCACUUGACAUAGAGGUUGAUGGUGGUUUAGGACCUUCAACCAUAGACGCAGCUGCGUCAGCAGGAGCGAAUUGCAUUGUUGCUGGAAGUUCAGUGUUUGGAGCCCCCGAGCCAGCUCAAGUUAUAUCCUUACUGAGGAAUUCUGUAGAGAAAGCACAGUAA